AGAGCAUCAUCUUGUCAGAUAAAACAAAAGAGAACAGCAGUAAGUUGCAGUAAGAGAAGAACAAGGAAGAGGAAGAAACUAUGGCUGCAACCUUAUUGUUUGCAUGCAACUCAAAUGUAAACCAUGGCUGUAGAAAUGAUAAUCCCUCGCUGCCGAAACCAUUCCUGGGUGGUGGACACAGAAUCCUGGAUCAAACCAUUGCAAAUAGGAACCAAGGCCAUUAUAACUCUCAAAAAAAGAAGUCAUCUCGCAGGUUUUCUGUUUCUGCUGUCACCGAAGGUUCCGCAAAAUCAAGCAAGUCCGAAGAAAAAAUCCCCCCUUGGGCUAGACCAGAUUCGGAUGAGCCCCCUCCUUGGGCCCAGGGUGAAGGCAAGAAUGAUGGUUCACAAGAGGGAUUUGAGAUUCCCUUUUAUGUUUAUCUACUUGCCUCAGCCGUGACUGCAAUUGCUGCUAUAGGUUCUGUUUUUGAGUAUGCGAACCAGAAGCCAGUCUUUGGAAUCUUGAACUCAGACAGCAUAUUUUAUGCUCCAGUGCUUGGAUUUUUUGUAUUUACAGGCAUUCCCUCUGCUUUUUGAUUGUAACAGGAAAAAGAAAAUAAAAAGGCUCUUUCCAGUUUUGAUGACGUUUGUAGAUACAAAAGAAGUUGAAAAUCUAUUUGUUGGCAAUGUUAACUCAAUCCCAGUUUUGGCUUCAAAACACGAAUGUU